AUGGACCCUGCAAAAAAACGGGAGUUCUACAAGAGGCCGGCGCAGUCUACAAAUUUUGCUUCACAGAAGGCUAAGUACGUGACAUCACUGUACUUCACGUUUAGCAGCCUCACGAGUGUAGGCUUCGGUAAUGUCGCAGCUACCACAGAUGCCGAGAAGAUAUUUACGAUAUUGGUGAUGCUUGUAGGGUCACUUAUGUACGCAAGCAUCUUCGGUAACGUAUCUGCCAUCAUCCAGCGACUGUACGCUGGUACAGCCAGAUACCACACCCAGUUUAUGAGAGUUAAAGAGUUUAUACGCUUCUACCAGAUACCAAAUCCGCUCAGACAAAGAAUGGAGGAAUAUUUUCAGCACGCGUGGUCGUACACUAACGGUAUCGACAUGGGCGCCGUGCUGAACAUGUUCCCCGAGUGCCUGCAAGCUGACAUCAGCCUUCACCUCAACGAAAGCUUGUUCCAAUCCUGCCCCUCUUUCGCGGGUGCUACACCAGGUUGCCUUAGAGCUCUAAGUAUGAAGUUCAGGACGACUCACGCGCCGCCCGGUGACACGCUUGUGCACAAAGGUGACGUGCUGACCGCCGUAUACUUCAUCGGCAGAGGAUCCAUUGAGAUCCUCAAGGAUGAUGUCGUCAUGGCCAUAUUGGGCAAAAACGACAUCUACGGGGAGAACCCGUGCAUAUACCCGUCCAUAGGGAAGUCUUCGUGCAGCGUGCGGGCGUUGACGUACUGCGACCUGCACCGCAUCAUGCGCGACGACAUCCUCGACGUGCUAGAACUCUACCCGGAGUUCCACGAGACUUUUGCGCGCAACAUAGAGAUUACGUUUAAUCUUAGAGAUGAGGAAGUGUCGGGGGUCGACCCUGAAGUGAUCCGCAAGAAGCGCGGGUCGCUCAUGCGUCACAAUUCCUUCGAGUCCGAAGAGACGCAAGUGAGAAGAAACGCAUACCGCCUCCCCAGACGACGACGUAGGAACGUCAGGAAGAGACGCAGCAGCGAGGAGGACUCGGAGACUGACGGUUCAGGGGGCGAUAGACGUGGUGGUGCUCCUGACGCUGACCCUGAGGGCGGUAGAGGAGGAGGAGGACCUAGCGGGAGUAGAAGCAAAGGUGGUCACGUCAACGGCAGCUGCGGCGCUGUGGUGGAGCGCGCCCCCGACCGCGGCGACGGGGCGCCGGGCGCUGCUCAAAAUUCCGGCAAGACUGACUCGUCGUUCCUCAAACCGCCGCCGCACUCGGCCGAGGGCAAACCUAACCAGGGACGGUCGGGAUUAACAGGGGCGCUGUCCAGCGUCGUACGGGAGAGCAGGUCGCGCUGCUCGUCGCCCGGAGCGCCCGGCAAGGAGGACGCGCCGCUGCUCAUGCACGAGGCGCCAAUAGCGGAAUGUUCGAGUCCUGACCGUCGCGCGGACAGUCCCGUGUCGCGUCUGGGGGGCGGCGCCCCAGCGGGCAGCGGAUUACACUUCAGCGACGUGCACGGCCUCAGCUACAGGAUAGACACGCUCUCAAGGCAAGUUCACCAUUUGGAAACUCGUGUCAGCGCAGAUAUUCAACAAAUCCUGGUUUUGCUGCAGCUACAAUACCAAAACUCCCAAGCCAAGCCGCACCCACUCCAGGACCAAGAAAUUUCUCCCCACACGGCCAUCACUCUGAGCCCCGAAAGAAGACGCCUUUCUCCCGGGCGCCUGAGGGCGACCGUCUCAGCGAGCACCACGGGGCUGACAUCCUGCACCUCCUACGCCUUCAGGGACCCCGCCAGGAUGUUCAGAAGAGCCACGUCCCUACAUGAGCCUCCAGCCUCACAACCUCUAGCCAUGCAUCAACGGUCCCUUGAUGCUUCUAGACAACCUAUAGUGGAUGACUUACUCGGCGGUGGAGUGGAAUCAAGCGCGCAUCAAAGCCUCGAUUUCCGGGAAGGACAAGGGCCGGGCAGCAGUCCGGGGGCCAUCUCAGCGCCCCCAUGCUCAGGAGGCGUCUUCUCAGGCGGUCCUCUGAGCAUGACCAGUAGUUACGUGAGCAGCAACGGCAGCAGCAACGGCAGUAACGGAGUAGCACACGCCAGGGCAGGAGUCAGCAGCCUGCCUCCAAGAACCUGUCCCUCCAUGCCCAUCACUCCUGACCUGGACACUGAUGGCUCCAGACCUUCUCCUCCACGCAGUCAGUCACAGCCCACGGACCUAACACAGGCGCGUGGCCGUCGCAAGUGCCGGUCUCCCCAGCAAAGCGGGUCCCAAACUGGAGGGACUCCAGGUAGCCUGGACCCUUGGGCACCUCGCAGGGAGGACUCCAAGGGGUCCGAGCCCGAGUCCUGGGGAGAUUUUCGCUCCCUAACUGAAGCUCCCAUAGCUCGACUAGAGUCCCUCGACGAAAUGGAUUCCCUUCCCGAGACUUUGAGUGAAACCAGUCCUUCGAGAGUACAACAAAAGCAGUCGCCUUCUUAUUUACCUCAGUCUCGGCAGCAAUCUCCUCUGCAACAACAAAUUCCAAAAACUUUACAACAAAAACAACAGCAACAAUCUCCAUCUCAAUCUCUACAAUGUUCCCCACUGCAAAAUACUCCGUUAACUCCACGGCAAUAUCCUCAGUUGCCACUAUGCUCACCGACACGGCAGCUUGAUUUUGAUACGUCGUCUCCUCAUCUCUCUAGGUCGUUUUCUCAACAAGCAUCUCCAAUUUUCUCUUCAGCAAAGCCUUUAAAUUCUUCUACAGAGCAGUGCUCUGAUCGACUUCAUUUUCCUCUUGAAUUCCCAUCAAAACGACCGCAGUCUCCAUUACAGCAAAAAUUACUCUCGUCACAGCAACAAAUAUCUUCUCAACAGCAACAUCUCAUACAGACACAACAGCAGUCCCCGUUUCUGUUCGGUUUUCCUCCCAUAAGAAAAUCAAUGCAAGGAUCCUCUUCCUCGAAAAGUCCAUGUGAUACAACCGUGUCCAUUGCAACGACAUCAUCUGGUUCGGAAGACAAGCCUUCUCAAGUUUAGCCGCGAUAUCUAAGCUAAUUAUUGUUAUUCUCAUCACCAUUAGUAAUAGCUGUUGAUAUUUUUGAGCAGAAUAUAUGCGUUAUGAGUUGAUCAUGAACACUUGUACCAUUCUAGCCAUUUACCGAAGAUGUUAGUUCAUUUUCCCCUUCAUUAAUUUUAGCUACAUUUCGUUUUUGAGUUUUAUUACCAGGAUAUUUUCAAAAAUAAUAAAGCAAGAACAUCUGAUGUUUCUAGGAAAUUCCACCGAUUACGUCGUUUCAAUAGCAAUUCUACACAGUUCCUGAUUGCUGGAAAAUCCGUUGUACGAAGUCGCGAUUUACCUUUUAUCCAUAGCCCCUUCAAGUCCAAAAAUAAAUUUUAUUCAUAUAGAAAUUGUUUACUUGAAAAAUUUUUUUAUAAUGAAACCAUGUAUAAUCACGAGCAUAUAGAGGAGUGAAUUUCCAAUUUGUGUCGCUUUCUUUACCGUCUACAAUUUGUAUUGAUAGAGCACCAGUCAGGAAAGUAGCGUUGUUUUCAUGUCGAAGCAUUAAUUCGACUCAACACUAUGCCUUUUAUCACAAUUUUACACGGAUCACUCAUGUCAAUUGAGGUCACUGGACUAUUUUUUGGAGAAGACAAUGAGGAAGAUUGUGA